AUGCCCUCAACCUCAAAAUCACAGCGAAACACUCGUCCGACUCAAACCAAAUCGACCAACCAGACCAGUUCGGAAGGUCCUAAACGUCCUUCUAAACGGCGUCGCCGCGAGAUGGAGCUUACUCAGGAAGAGCUGGAUCUGGAUGAGGAAGAUGCUACGAAUCGCCCUAUCGCUGAUCCAACUUAUCUGCCCACGCCAGCUGUUACGCAGCAACCACGCCUGCAAACUACCGGAAGGGAUGUGACAGCCGAAGAUAUCGACCUACGUGAUAUCACUUUAAAAAAUUAUCAGGCAGCGAAGAAAUCUUGGCCUGUUGGACGGAUUCAAGCACAGUUGGCACGCCAGCGCUCGUCGAAUCAUCAGCUAAGCGCCGCUUUCAUUGCCAAAGGCCAAGCCGUUCUUGAAGACCUGGACCACACUAUUCACAUGAUUGUGAUGGUCUCUGGGGUGGACAUUAUGAAAUUGAAGCGAGCCUUGGGCUUGAUGGGUGGUACUCAUGCGGAAAAUCCCUGGCACCGUUGGUUAAGCUUUGCACUUGAUGCAAAUAAGUUUGCAAUGCCUGUAAGACGAGACCCAGAUUCCAGCGACAUACUCACACGUCGAAACCAAGCCAAUUCAAUCGCUUAUCAAGCUCUUACCGACGACGAGUAUGCUGUGUUCACAUCUAAUGUGUUCUACGCUCUUGGAGGAUAUCCCGACUACUCUGCAAUUAACAUAAUUGAAGAUAGCAAUGUCUUUGGUGACAGUUCAAUACUGAUACCUGAGAUUCCGAAGCUUAAGGAGGAAGACGAGCUUCUAUAUCGGCCGAUUUAUGAGAAGCUGGUAGACUUGAAAAAAGUAGAAAGGGAUCGGAAGUUGAAUACACCCUCUGCGUCUUCUCAAAAACAAGAAAAGCGAUCUCUUCAAUGUAUGAAAAAGAUAGCCCAAGAACUGGCCCGGUACCACCACCUUGUCGGACUGGAUUAUUAUAUAAUUGCAUGUAGCAACAGUUUGUCUGGUGAAGGUUGGUGUAGAGAGUAUACAUCUCGGGAUGAGAUAUCUACUUGGGUCGAAACAAAGGCACAGCUUCAACAUGUUUUCCCACUGUAUUGUCAAAAUGGAUCGACAAUUGAUGAAGUCAAGUCGGUUGCAGCAGCAAACAAAGCUUCUUUGACUCACAAAGCAUCAAACAACAAAUCCGACACCGAUAAGAAGACGUUGAGUGACAUGUUGAAUCAAUUAUUGGGUAUGUAUCCAACCAAGGUUGAUUUGCUCAAGUCGGUCUUUAGAAGAGUUUUCCUAAGGUGGCUGAUCCCAUUGGCACUUUAA